AUGAUUGAACCCUUCCAGACCACCUUCGCAGUCCCCAUGACCUGCGAGGGCUGCGUGAAAGAUAUCUCCAGUACCUUAAACAAGCUCGACGGAAUCAACAAAGUCGAUGCCAGUUUGAAAGACCAGCUCGUAUUUAUCGAAGGCACGGCGCCACCCAGUUCCAUCGUUUCCGCAAUUCAGGCUACGGGUCGCGAUGCGAUUCUACGGGGUAGUGGGACCUCCAACAGUUCCGCUGUUUGCAUUCUCGAGACGCAUGCGACUUCGGCCCCAAAUAAGAUCCGUGGAUUGGCGCGUAUGGUGCAGGUCUCGUCCAACAUGACGCUUGUGGAUCUGACUAUUAACGGACUGGCGCCGGGCAAAUACUGGGCCACGGUGCGCGAGGCCGGAGAUAUUUCGCAGGGAGCCGCGUCUACCGGGGGUAUCUGGGAGGCAUUGAAAGCUACGGUGUUGGGAUCGGAGGCGGCCAAGGAGCCACGCGGAGUGUUUGGAACGGUGGAUGUGGACGAGAAGGGACGAGGCAAUGUCUUCUUGGACCGACCAUUGGCGGUUUGGGAGAUGAUUGGACGGAGUAUGGUGGUGUCGAAGAGCAAAGAGGGCCCGUUCCGAAAGGAAGACCCGGAUACAUUGGUUGGGGUGAUUGCUCGGAGUGCAGGCGUGUGGGAUAAUGAUAAGAUGGAAAUUGAGACGUGGGUGCAGGCCCUCGAACACUAUGACUGUCAAGAAUACGACGAAGCCCUCCGGGUCUUUGACCUGAUUGCCGACACGUCUAAAAUCUUCUUCAACUGUGGCGUGAUCUAUGCGACAUUAGGAGAGCAUGACAAGGCGGUCGAGUGUUACCAGCGGGCCGUCAAUCUGGACCAAUACCUCGCCAUUGCGUACUUCCAAGAAGGCGUCUCCAACUUUCUUCUGGGCGACUUCGAAGAGGCAUUGGCCAACUUUAACGAUACCCUACUUUACCUCCGAGGCAAUGCAUCCAUCAACUACGAGCAACUGGGCCUGAAGUUCCGUCUGUACUCAUGUGAGGUUCUCUUCAACCGUGGUCUGUGCUACAUAUACCUGCAGCAACUGGGGCCUGGCAUCCAGGAUCUGGAGUAUGCGGCAAAGGAGAAGGUUACGCCAGACCAUGGCGUCAUCAACGAUGCCAUCCGAGAGCGAGCAGAGGGCUACACGGUGUUUUCGAUUCCUGUAGGGGUUCUUUACCGACCAAAUGAGGCCAAAGUCAAGAACCUCAAGACCAAGGACUACCUGGGCAAGGCACGGUUGAUUGCCGCAUCGGACCGUAGUGGUGUCCCGCUCCAGCCAGGUGACAUUGCCAGAACGCAGUCCGGACUAGACAAUCGAGCUCCUCCCGAAAGUCUCUUCGCAGCCAGCAAACUAGUACAACGAAAUAUCACGAGAAGUCGUCAGCACUCAGAGCCACCCCUGAACCGCAAUCUAUUCCCCCCGACACCACCGCCAGAUGCCGACAAAAGCAGCGUCGGCAGCCCCCCUAGUAGUUCCGGGAUGAACGGUCGACCGGGCUCCAUCCGCGCCGCUCGUCCGCCGCGCCUCGAUUUGGACCGACCGGGUGCCCACCCUCCCGGAUGCAGAGUUGAUACAACCCCGGAGAAGCCGCGGAUCGGGACCACGCGCACAGCAUCAGAGCCGCGGGGGCCACCUCAGCUACAUCACCGCGCAUCUCAAGGUGAAGUCCAAGUCUAUCGAGAGAUGGGGCAUCGACGGGGAGCAAGCGACACCGGUUUCGCGCCCCCACCGAAAAGAAUGUAUGGGGAGGAUGUGUACAACGGGUAUUCUCGCCCGACCGUGGCCGUCAAUGGGGGUCGGAAGGGCAUACCCUGGCAGCGGGAGCGGUACAUUGAUGAAGAAGCAGAGUUCGCCAGCGAAGCGGAGGAAGGUGGUGCGAACGGAGAGUUUGAAAUGGUCGAAUCACGACGCCGAACGCGAUCACCCAACCGAGGAUCAAGACGAGCCAACUCUCGCCGGCCGGAGGUACGCAGGUUCCGGGUCAAGGUACAUGCUGUGGAGGACACACGGUACAUCAUUAUCGGGCCGAUGAUCGACUUUAGCGAGUUCGAGAUGAAGAUCCGGGAUAAAUUCGGCUUCCGCUCUCUGUUGAAAAUUCGGAUACAGGACGACGGGGAUAUGAUCACGAUGGUGGACCAAGAAGAUCUGGAUCUUCUGUUUAGUUCUGCGCGUGAAACGGCAAUCAGGGAAGGGAGUGAAAUGGGGAAGAUGGAGGUAUGUCUUGAUGCUUCUUGA